UGUACUGAGGAUGCGAGACCGGAAAACUUCCGGUGAGUGUUCAGUGGGCGAACAGACGAUUUCUUCAGGGAGUUGGAUUAAGCUGGGAACUUUUAAUUUUUACUCAUGGCUUUACCUCGUCCGAAGUCCCCACGACCUGUCACACCUCAGAAGAAAAAAGAUGAAUCUUUUUUCGAGUACCUAGGAACACUUGGCCGAAGGAAAAAGAUUAAGGAAGUUAAUGAACUUACUGCUGAAGGUAAAAAUGCCAUUGAUUCACCCGGGAGCCCAGCACUGCCGGACCUUUUACCUCAGGAUUAUAUUUUGGAUGAAUAUGAAGAAAGAUCCAUGAUAGAGCCUGCCUCUUAUGAUGAUCCAAAAUUAAAAGAAUUAAUAAACAUUCUUAUAGAAUGGAUAAAUGAUGAACUUGCUGGACAUAGGAUUAUAGUUAAAGAUAUUGAAGAAGAUUUGUAUGAUGGCCAAGUAUUACAAAAGCUUUUGGAAAAAUUAAUGGAUGUGAAACUAGAUGUUGUUGAAGUUACUCAGUCUGAAGAAGGUCAAAAACUGAAAUUAAGAAAAGUUCUGGAGGCAGCAAACAGUGUGCUGGGUAUUUCACCCUGGAAUCAGCCAAAAUGGAAUGUUGAAAGUAUUCAUUCCAAAAAUGUUGUUGCUAUUCUUCAUUUAUUAGUUUCUUUGGCUCGACAUUUUAGAGCACCUAUUCGUCUUCCUGAAAAUGUUGUUGUAAAUGUUGUAGUAGUCCAGAAGCGAGAAGGCAUGCUUCACACUAGAACUGUAGCAGAGGAGCUGACAUCUACUUAUGAUGAUCUUGGAAUGAGAGUUGAAAGAGAUGCUUUUGACACACUUUUUGAUCAUGCUCCUGAGAAGCUACAAGUAGUGAAGAAAUCACUGGUGACAUUUGUAAACAAGCAUUUAAAUAAAAUUAAUCUUGAAGUAACAGAUCUUGAUACUCAGUUCCAUGAUGGCUUGUAUUUAACACUUCUGAUGGGCUUACUAGAAGGAUACUUUGUACCAUUGUAUUCUUUUAACCUGACACCUACAACAUUUGAUCAAAAAGUGCAUAAUGUUGCAUUUGCUUUUGAGCUUAUGAUGGAUGCAGGAUUACAGAAGCCCAGAGCAAGACCAGAAGAUAUUGUGAAUAUAGAUCUGAAGUCAACAUUAAGAGUCCUUUAUGAUUUGUUUACAAAGUACAAACAUCUAAGUUAAACUUCCAAAAUUUUCUGUUUUAUGUAAAAUUUUUAUCUCCUAAUACUGUUUUUAAACUAAACUGUUUACAGUUGUAAAUAUAUUUUUGUAAAAGAAGCUACAGAGAUCCCACGUGAUACAUUUGCAUACAUAAUGUUAGAAAAGUGCAAUUUGUUAAAAGUGUUGAGAAAGCACAUGCAGUUUUUUAAUGAACUAAAAAUUAUGCAGAACAUGUUACUGUUUUAAAGAGCAUUUACUCUCAUUUUUUAGAAUUAGCACACAAUCUGUUCAUUUAGUUUUCAAAAUAUUACUAAUUUUAUUUUUUUGCUUAGAAGUCUUAUUUCGUUAACUUGAAUUUUGUAAUUUUAUUGUAUUAAUAAAAACUAUUUGUGAA